UUUCCUUCUCGCUCAAUAUUUUAACAAUUUCAGAGCUGAUCUAUAGCUUUAGCAGUUAUCAAAUUCCCAAUCUUUCUUUCUAUCAGAUAUUAAGGAGCUGAGAAUUGGAGUUCAAAAGAUGCCAGCACAGAAAAUCGAGACAGGUCAUGAGGACGCUCUCCAUGAUGUUGCCAUGGAUCACUAUGGAAGACGGUUGGCGACUGCUUCAUCUGAUACUACUAUUAAGAUCAUUGGUAUAACCGGCUCUACUUCCCAGCAGCUUGCUGUUUUACCUGGCCAUAAAGGACCUGUUUGGAGGGUUGCUUGGGCGCACCCCAAGUUCGGAUCAGUCCUUGCUUCAUGUUCUUACGACGGCCAGGUGAUAAUCUGGAAGGAAAAUAAUCAAAACGAGUGGCUGCAGGCCCAUGUUUUCAAUGAUCACAAAUCAUCUGUGAACUCCAUUGCAUGGGCACCCCAUGAGCUUGGCCUCUGCUUGGCGUGCGGAUCUUCUGAUGGGAAUAUAUCGGUUUUUACCGCCAGGGAUGAUGGUGAUUGGGACAUCAACAGGAUAGAGGAAGCUCACCCUGUCGGGGUAACCUCGGUUUCAUGGGCACCAACAACCGCGCCAGGUUCUUUCAUCGGAUCCGGUCUACUGGAUCCUGUUCAGAAGCUGGCCUCCGGUGGAUGUGACAAUACGGUCAAAUUAUGGAAGCUGUAUAAUGGGACUUGGAAAAUGGACUGUCCCCAUUCCCUCCAGAUGCAUACCGACUGGGUGAGGGAUGUUGCUUGGGCACCCAACUUGGGGCUCCCAAAAUCCACCAUUGCAAGCGCUUCACAGGAUGGGAAAGUUGUUAUAUGGACUUGUGGUAAAGAAGGGGAAUGGAAGGGUAAGAUUUUGAAGGAUUUCAAGACCCCAGUUUGGAGUCUCUCGUGGUCACUGACCGGAAACUUACUGUCCGUCGCUGAUGCCAAUAACAGUGUCACAUUGUGGAAAGAAGCUGUUGAUGGUGGUGAAUGGCAAGAAGUGAGUACUCUUGAGCCAUGAAGUUUAAAUUUUAUUUUAUUCCUGCUUUAUCUAUCUACAGUCGUUUUAACAUCUGGGUCUUGUCCAUUCGAGUUCUUCAGCAUUUUUGUCUGAAUACUCGAUCGGAUGGUUAGAUUUUUGCUUGGCAUAUUCUGAGAUCAAAGAGAGAAAAGUUGAUUAAUCAUUUAUCAUCUCCCUUCAAUAAAGUUCAAUUCAUUGACGUAUCUUUUUAACAA